AUGGCAGACGCCGGCGAUGAAACGAAUCUUGUGUCGGAGCCCCUCGACCUUGUCAGGCUCCUUCUCGAUGAGGUCGUGUUUGUCAAGCUGAGGGGUGAUAGGGAGCUCAAGGGAAAGCUUUAUGGCUACGACAGCCACUGCAACAUUGUCCUUGGCGAUGUUGAGGAGACGAUAUAUGUUGUUGAUGAAGAGGAUGAGGCAGAGACUGAACCCAAGACUGUCAGCCGCAAGGCAGAAAUGCUCUUCGUCAGAGGUGACAGCGUUGUACUUAUCUCACCUCACGUUCCGUCAUAG